AUGGUGAAUGAGAUUCAAGGGCAGUCAGGAAAGCUAUGUAAAGAACCUUUACCACAAACAGAUUGUGGUGCUGGUUCAUGUGGUGCUCUGUGCCGUCAACUAAAGCAUGGAACUGGCCGCUGCAUUCGUGGAUUCGAAGGAAAAUAUGAAUGCUUCUGUGUUUUUAAAUGCUCGUCUUGA